AUGUUCAAAUUACAAUCGAAGACUUUUGAUGUGAUUUAAGUCUAAAAAGUAUUACUUAUUAUUAUUUAAAUUUAUAGGUACUAAAUUAUUUAGAAUAAAUGGGAUUAUCUUAAUUUUAUCACAAUUCGUAUUUAAAUUCUAUUAUUCGAAUAAUUUAUGUAGAAAUUAUACCAAUUAUAGAAAUCCAUUUAUAAAAUCAAUUAAUGAAUUUCUCAUUCCUUUCUUCAUCAAAACUAAGAGAAAUAAUUGUUAAUCCUAGCAGCAUCGAUAAAAACUUAAUUUGUGCAAUUUGUUAAUCAUUAGUUUGGGAUCCAAAGGAAUGCAGUUAAUGCUAAAAUUAUUUUUGUUCAGAAUGCAUAAAUAAUACUUUAAAGCAAACAAGUAAAAAUUCAUUCUAUUAAUAAAUAGAAAGGUGUCCAAUUAGAUGCCCUAAUAAAAUGAAAUUGAAUGCUCCUCAUCGAUUAUUAAGAACUUAAAUGUAUGAAUUAUAAGUAAAAUGUGUAAAUACAGGAUGCCCUAAAUAAAUGUAGCUAUAAAACUUAGAAUCUCAUAUGAAAUAAUGUGAAUAUGUAGAAACUAGAUGCCCAUAUCCAGAUUGUUUAUUUUAAGAUAGUUUGAUAAGAAUUGAGCUUCAUAAAGCAUCCUGCUAACACAGAACUCGAAAUUGUGAGAAAUGUCUAGUAACUUACAAAGUUAAAGAUAGCCAUGAUUGUUUAGAUAUAGUGAUAAAAAAAUUGAAAAAAUAGGAGGAUACGAUUAAUGAAUUAUUAAGAAGAGUAGAUUACUUAGAAAGUUAGUUAUGAAUCAAGAAAUCA